CUCCUUCCAUCACCACACUAAAUAAUAGCCCAUUGAUUUCUCAAACUAUUCUUUCAGUUCAACAAUGGCAGCCUCAACCAUGGCUCUCUCUUCUCCAUCAUUUGCAGGCAAAGCAGUUCAACUUGUCCCAUCCACCUCUGAGCUUGGUGUUGGACGUGUCACCAUGAGGAAAACAGCCACCAGGCAAGUUUCCUCUGGAAGCCCAUGGUACGGCCCAGACCGUGUCAAGUACUUGGGCCCAUUCUCUGGUGAGCCUCCAUCCUACCUUACUGGAGAAUUCCCUGGUGACUAUGGCUGGGACACUGCUGGGCUUUCUGCUGACCCAGAAACCUUUGCCAAGAACCGUGAGCUUGAAGUCAUCCACUGUAGGUGGGCCAUGCUUGGAGCUCUUGGUUGUGUUUUCCCUGAGCUCUUGGCCCGCAAUGGUGUCAAGUUUGGUGAGGCCGUUUGGUUUAAGGCUGGAGCCCAAAUAUUCAGCGAAGGUGGGCUUGACUACUUGGGUAACCCAAGCUUGAUCCAUGCACAGAGCAUUUUGGCCAUCUGGGCCACACAGGUUGUCUUGAUGGGUGCUGUUGAGGGUUACCGUAUUGCUGGUGGGCCGCUUGGUGAGGUGACUGACCCACUUUACCCAGGUGGAAGCUUUGACCCAUUGGGCCUUGCUGAUGACCCAGAGGCUUUUGCUGAGCUUAAGGUGAAGGAGAUCAAGAAUGGGAGAUUGGCUAUGUUCUCUAUGUUUGGUUUCUUUGUUCAGGCUAUUGUGACUGGAAAGGGACCAUUGGAGAACUUGGCAGACCAUCUUGCUGACCCAGUUAACAACAAUGCUUGGGCUUAUGCCACAAACUUUGUCCCUGGAAAGUGAGCAUAGGAAAUAUUGGAAUUUUACCUUUUGGAUUGAUGUUGGUGUUUGAGGUGUUAGAUUUUUAUUUUUAUUUUUGAGAAUCGACGUGCUGUAAAAUUGUAAAUUACUAGCAAAACUUAUGGAGGGUAUUUAGUAUUUACCUUUGGUUUUAAACAUUGUUGUGUCAUUUAAUUAGUAAAAUUUUCCUCAUUGCUAUUUUAU